AUGACGCCGAUCCUGUUUGCGUGCGCUAUUCUCGCUGCGCUCUCACACGAGACGCAGGCGAUCUCGUCGUCCUGGCGACCGAUCGUGCCGGGUCUUCCCGACGGCGCAGGUAUACUGCAUCAGGAAGCAUCGAUUUUCGGAAACGCGCCUACGCAGACGCUCUACGAGGACAGUCCUCAUCAUCUGCUGCUGCCACACGACCAAGAUACAUGUUCCCUCUAUAAAGUCAGCAUGAACCAGCAGCUAUAUUUCGAGUAUAUCCACUAUAAGGUGGACCUGCCAGAUAUGAAGGAGUUCACCCUCUGCAUGUGGACGAAAUUCCAUAAUCACUCCAACGACCAUCCCUUGUUCUCUUACGCAGUUGGCGACCAACCACGGGGGAUACUGUCGUGGGUCGCAAACACACCAAGGAGUUCAUACUACAUGCUCAACGUCAACGGUCAUAAUUUAUACAGAUUGAAUUAUCCGCUGAGACUUAAUAAGUGGUACCACUCUUGCACAAGCUGGAACGGUCGCACCGGGGAAUGGCAGAUCUGGGUCAACGACGAACGCGUAGGUCGCGGGUUCAACAACAGGCUAGUCGGGCAUGUUAUCAAAGGCGGUGGAAUCGCCAUUUCGGGACAGGAACAACGACAGUUGGGUGGCGGUUUCUUGGAAGGCGAAGGCGCGCCACCAGGUUCCGGUGGCUAUUUAGGAGAACUGACGAUGGUACAGCUCUAUAACGUUGCCCUGACCGCGGGCAAGGCGCACAAAGAUCACAAGCACCAUCACGCCCAUCAUUACGAACACGACACUAGUAAUAACACGCCGAGAACCACCACGCUGCCGCCUGUAACCGGACCUCCCUUGCCACCGCAUCCCUACCUCACUGGAGGGCAGAUCAAUACACAAGUGAGGAUCAAUCCCGGGGCACCGAUUCAGGUCGUACAAAACGGCCUGACCAUCCGUCAUCCGGCAUUACCGCCGGUCCCGGAAUCACCCCCACAGCCGCUCCCGCCCUUGAACCUCGACAUUUUCACGACACCCUUCCCCGCGCUGCCAACGCAACGCUUGCCCGCCGCUACUAGACUGUCGUCGAUCUUCGAUGGACUUUAUCAUAACCUCUUUAAAAGAGAGAAAAAUGAGUCCAAGAAACGAGACAUCAAGAACGAGACGGCGAUGUCGAGUCUGACUGAGUCCGAGAAAUCAAUCGCAAAGAGAGACACUCAGAAAACUUCGACAGAAGCUAAUACUUCCGACAGCAAGGUAUCUUUUGUGCCAAGAACGGAGGAUGCGAACAAUAAAACGUUAGGGAAACGCGACGCCGACAAGAAGAAGAGAGGUCUGUUGCAAUUAGGCGAUGGAUCAAUUCUCGACGAUGGAUACUCCAUACCUCAAGACUUGGACAACGAUUAUUUCACGGGAUUAACGGGUUAUGGACUCCAGUUGACCAAGGGGACAAACGAGGAGGAGGAGGAGGAGGAGGAAAACGUACGGGAACCCGCCGAAGCUGAGGUCAGACUAGUGAUGGACCUUUGCGACGGAUGUGCCGACGAGCCGUUCGGAAAGGCGUUGGUCAUAGGCUGGAGAUCAGUGCCCAAGAAACUUUAUUCCGGCGCGUUGUAUUUACCGGCUAUACCUGCGUGUAAAGCAUUCUAAUCAAUCGAGACAACGCGAUAAAUCGCGCGCGAAGACGACAUUACGGGACGUCGUAUGAAUUUUCGCUGAAUUUAUCAAGAUACC